GAUUACAUGAUUGUAUAUGGGGGACAACUAAACAGUGAAACAAUUUCACAGUCGAGGACUGCCCUACACGCACUCAAGUAGAUCCUGACCAAAAAUUGGUUGCACUAUAUUUUCAAAGACAAAAACUUUAAUUAAAAAACGUCUACCAAAUAAAUAUGGACGGUAUCUCGUGAAUUUGGCAGAAAAUUUUCACUUAGACGGUGUGUUUAGUGUCGAUACGAAUAACGAGCACUUGGAAAAUGUACAAACAGAGGCAAGAGGACGAACUUUCAGGUGACGAUUAUCAUUUUGGGGAUACUACGAAGAUGACCUUGUCACUUGCGAGGGAAGGGGAAAUAACAAAUGAAAACUCUGAACCUGCAAGAGGAAAGUGGGCAAAUAAAACGGAAUUUUUAUUGUCGUGUGCUGGAUAUGCAAUUGGAAUAGGAAAUGUAUGGCGCUUUCCUUACUUAUGUUACAGAAAUGGAGGAGGAGCCUUUUUAGUGCCAUAUUUACUGAUGCUUUUUCUGUGUGGGAUACCACUUUUUUUCAUGGAAUCUUCGAUGGGACAAUUUGGCAGCACAGGAUGCAUAACUCUCUUCAGAAUGAGUCCCAUUUUCAAAGGGGCGGGUUUUGCAAUAGUGAUAGUGAAUUUUAUCUGCACAAUGUACUACAACGUAGUAAUUGCCUAUCCACUUUUAUUCUUAGCAAAAUCAAUAAGUAGUAAAUUGCCGUGGGAGGAUUGCGAAAAUCCAUGGAAUACGCCAAACUGCUUGAAGCUAGGUGGUGACAUUGAAGUUCACAGAAAUGCAAGUAAAACAGGAACUGUGAAAGCAACGACACCAGCUGAUGAAUUCUUUCACAACCACAUACUUCAAAUUUCAAGUGGAAUCAGUGAAAUUGGUGGAAUCGUAUGGCCAGUUUUUACAUGCAAUGUGAUAUCAUGGAUCAUAGUCUUUUUCUGUAUUUGCAAUGGGGUAAAAACCGUUGGAAAGGUGGUUUACUUUACUGCAACGUUUCCAUUCCUGAUCCUUUUCGUACUUCUUAUAAGAGGAGUUACACUCCCAGGAGCCACGGAUGGAAUUUUAUUUUAUAUUUAUCCUCAAUGGUCUCAAUUAACAAAUUUAAAGGUUUGGGCGGAUGCAGCGAUUCAAAUAUUUUUUUCUUUGGGCCCGGGAUGGGGUGGGAUUGUGAACAUGGCGAGUUAUAAUUCUUUUGGAAAUAACAAUCGAUUAGAUUCAAUUUUCGUACCAAUCUUAAAUUGUGGAACGAGUAUUUUUGCUGGUUUUGUGGUUUUUUCUGUGCUGGGUUUUAUGUCUUAUAAAACAGGAGUUCCAGUCUCUAGCGUUGCUACUGCCGGACCAGGACUGGCAUUUGUGACAUAUCCGGAAGCAAUAACUAUGCUUCCAUUUCCUCAAAUUUGGGCUGUCUUAUUUUUUUUGAUGCUCUAUUUACUUGGAAUGGAUAGUUGUUUUGUGCAGAUAGAGGCAAUAAUUUCUAGUGUUACUGACGCCUAUCCAAAAUUGAGAAACUACAAACUUCUAGUCACGGCUACUUCUCUCUUUAUUAUGUUUUUGGGAUCCAUUAUAUUCGUUACUAAUGGUGGAAUGUAUAUUUUGCAAAUGUUCGACUGGUACAGUGCCUCAAUUUCAGUAAUAUCAAUUUGCUUCGUGGAAGUUUUGGUUGUUGGGUGGACUUAUGGUUGUGAUAAUUUUGUAAGAGACGUUGAAUUUAUGACUGGAGCAAAAUUAAAUUUCUGGUGGCCCCUCUGUUGGAAAUAUAUCACCCCUACGAUAUUAGCUUUCAUUUUUGUGACAGCGAUAGUCUUCAACACCAGAAUCACUUACAAUGGAAUUGACUAUCCAGAAUGGGCGAUUGCCAUGGGUUGGUGUUCCUGUUUAGUCAGUAUGUUAUGCAUACCAGGAUACGCAAUUUAUUAUCUGUUCAGUAAAAAGGGAACUUUUAAAGACAGAUUAAGUCUAGGAACAAAUCCAAGUAACGUUUGGGGUCCGGCGGACCCUGCAGAUCGAAAAGAGUGGGAAAAUUGUGUUCGCCGGAGAAAAAAAUGUUCUAAAAAUUCAGCUUUUAAUGGAGUUCAUGUAUCAAAACUUUAAUUUCGUCGAUUUUUUUGUAGAAAACUAUAAAAUACACAAAUAUUCCAAUUUUUUAAAUACAAAGUGAAAUUUUUAGAUUUCAAAAAAAGUUGAUAAAAACCUAGAUAAGUUUGUAUAU